AUGUGGAGCGUUCUCCAAGAGGAAGAAAUUGAAGAUGCCGAGCAAGAUGCCAAACUCGACAAUGAAUCAGAUGGAGAAAAGGAGGAGAAAAAAUUGGAAGAAACUAUUCAGCAAACUUCCAAUCUAGUAAUAAUUGAGGAAGAGCAACCAACCCAAAAUAUUUCAUUCGACAUUUCAGGAAUGAAAUUUGCACCAAUUAAGCCUACUGAGAAACCACAAUCAGAGCAAGAACAAAUCGAAUCUCAAAAGAAUGUUGCUUACGAAUGUUACAAAAUUUUCUUACAAACAAAGAUUUUCCAAGUGAGCGAACCAAAAGCAUUCGAAACUAAAAAGUCCAAAGUCUACGAUUGGUUAAACGUCGAUUUGAAAUCUGGAAUUAUGGGAAACUAUGCAUUCGAUAGUAAAACUGGAUCCCUUGUCAAGAAUUCCACAAGAAAAGUAUUGACCAAACCAUCAGCCUCUUCAUCUAAACAUAUUGAAGAGGAUGAUCACGAUUUCUCCAACAGCAAGAAUAAGAAGAAUAAAAAACGAAAGUAA